AUGCCGAUCAUUUCCACGUCGGUCGUACUGCUCGACCUCGUCGCUUAUCUCGCGGUUGCGGGGGCUGAGAACCCGAUUUGCAUCGCCGAAAACGAGAAAAUACUUUUUGUGCGUCGGCGACUGAACUGCCCCGUGAUUCGGACGCACAAAAAGUGCGAUGAAAUUCUCUAUGGCGAUUACCGCGCGAAAACUUGUGAUGACUUCGCCCCGCAUGCCGAAUGUCUCUUUGCCGCACAGAUGAGUGCUUGCGACAAUUCUACAGAGUUCAAGGUUCACGCCUACAAACACAAAUUACUGGAGCUAGCCAGCCUGGAAACGCGUAAAUGCCGUGGCGAGUACAUCAAGGCGUUCAAAGACGCAAUCGACAAAAUCGAAAGCGGGACGGACUCAUCGGCU